UUUACUUCAUUCUGUUCGAUUAAACAUGAACGGGCCAAAACGGACAUGGCAGCAGGUCAAAAUCAAAUACAAGAACAUUCUGCAGAAUGCAGUGAAAAAGAAUACCCACAGACAAGGCACGGGUGGUGGGUCACCAAAGGCUGACCUUACCCCAGCAGAGGACAUGGCCUUGGAGCUAAAUAAAGGCAGGCCCGUCUUAGAGGGGAUCCCUGGGGGAAAGAGACGAGCAUAGGUUCCUCCCAAGAUGCCACCCGCUUCAUUCAAGUGCCUGGCAGCACUGUGUUCCUGUUAGAGCCACCAGCACAAGCACCAGACGAUGCUGAUCCAGGUGAAGGCCCCAGUGCAGCAGCAACAGCACAUGAUGGAGACGAUGAUGAGGAGGAGACCAUCUCUCUGGAUUCCAGAAGGCAUGAGGUAUCAUGUUAAGACUGUGAAAGUACUAUUUACUCUACAAUGGUGAGGAGUCCUCAUCAAAAUAAAAAAAUCUAAUUUCUUUUACAGGACCCAGAUGCUAUACAGUGGGAAAACCAGCCUGGCAACAUAGUGCGUAUUAAUAAAAGGACACCACAUCCUGCCAAAUUCCAGCUGCGCUAAUUGUAUUGUGUUCACAGAGCUCACAAGCUAUCAGAAAGUUGUAUGGCAACCACCUCCGGCGCCAAAUAGAACUGGCAGACAUAGACAUUCAGUACAAGAAGAAAAAGAUGGAAAAUCUUGCACUGGAGUCCAAAAUAAAAAAGAGGACAAUUAGGAAACUGGACCUUGAAAUAAAAAAACUUGAGAGGGAGCUCCAAGAAGAUGACACAGCUCAAAAUAAAAAUUAGCAAUCAGUACAACCAAGUCAUCGUUAUAAGGCAUCGCCCUCUUUUGCCCACCCCCAGCACCAGGUGUGGCCACUAGCCUAUAUGAAGGCCCAAAAUUGUGUGUUCCUUUCUGCUCUGACAAUGGCAUGCCCAUUCGUGCGAGAUGUGGUGGAUGAAGAAGCACUUGUGCUGAGGAGAGCCUUCAGGCGAGAAAGGGUCUUCAGGGACCGGUUGGACCCACUGGCCUUCCCUGAUGACCAUCUAUAUGAAAGAUACAGGUUUUCUGCAGAUGGCAUCAGGUAUCUAUGCAGACUACUGGGUCCCAGGAUUAAGCACCGCACUGCACGGAGCCAUGCACUGAGUGUGGAGCAAAUGGUUUGUGUGGCCUUGCGCUUUUUGCUAGUGGAGCCUUCCUGUACUCAGUGGGGGAUGCAGAACAGCUGAACAAGGCCACAAUUUGCCGCACAAUAAGGAGUGUGUGUCUGGCUAUCAAAGCAUUAGCAGAUGUCUUCAUCUCCUUCCCUGGCCACAGAAGACUCUGUGACAUCAAAGAGGAGUUCUAUAGGAUUGCAGAUGGUCUGCAAUGCUGACUGUGUGAUCAGCAAUGUUGUGGCAAAAUGGCCUGGCUCAGUCCAUGACUCCAGAAUCUUUCGGGCCUCUGAAAUCUAUCAGUGCCUAUCACAAGGUGAAUUCUCUGGUGUGUUGCUGGGAGACAGGGGGUAUGCUUUUCUCCUGACACCUUUCACAGACCCCCAGGAAGCACAGCAGGCCUACAACCAUGCCCAUGCCAGGACCAGGGCCAGAGUUGAAAUGACCUUUGGCCUCCUGAAGGCACGCUUUCACUGCCUUCACAAAUUAAGGGUCAGCCCUGUUAGGGCAUGUGAUAUUACUGUGGCUUGUGCUGUCCUCCACAAUGUGGCCUGCCUGAGGAAGGAGAGGGCCCCCAGAGUGCCACCAGCCAUGGACUGGGACAAUCCGGCAAUCUUCCCUGAUGACGACAGUGGUCGGCUGCUGAGGGACCAAUAUGUGUUGAAUUAUUUUAGUUAGUAUGUGUGCUUUCAAUUUUGGUUAAAUAUGUCCUGCGGUGGCAGAGGAAUUUGGGUUU